CGCAAGUUUAGUUGUCGUGACCAUCUGCAAGAGAUCGGUGUACAUAAAAUACGCGUCUGCACAACAAACAAGCAUUGAAUGCUGUCCGGAAAGAAAUUGUGUAAAAUAUUAUAAACAAAAACAAUAACAAUAACGGUCUUUACCUUUUUGCAGUAAAACGUGGUCAAGUGGUGCAUGAAACUACCUUAAAAUAUUGUUCUAUUAUGGUGACGACUUUGUAAAAAAUGCUGACACUAGAAAGCUUAGCAAAUGAUAACAUAACCAAGGUCAAAUGUAAUAGUAGGGAUCAAGUUAUUGACAAGCAGAUUUGCGAUGAUGUGAAUGACACAGUGAUAAUUACUGACGUGCAUCGACGACGUACAAUGGUUACUCUGAAUUCCGUUAGAUUUACUACGCAACUACUACGUUCGCUGUUGAUGGUGUUCAUUUUGCUAACCAGUUUGAAUGCCAAACAAUUUGCACAAGCAUCUAAUUUGUUUAAACGUAACACUCGGCCGAACAUUGAAUGUUUAAAAAAUGAUCGUUUCUAUCGCGAUCCGAGUAGGCCAGUGCAUAAAAUUUGGACCAACAGUGAAUGUUCGAAGUAUUUCCUUUGCUUGGAUGGUGACGUUUUUGAGUUUAAAUGCUCGGAGGGCUUGUUGUUUGAUGUUGUCAGACAAAUCUGUGAUUUCAAGCAGAAUGUGGAUAACUGUGAUGUCACAGCAGAAACACAAAUCCCUAAACCACUAUUGGAAAAAGCUGGAUGCAAAGACAAAACGCAUUUAGGUUGCGGUGACGGCACUUGUCUACCAAACGAAUAUUUUUGUGAUGGCUCUGUAGAUUGUCCAGAUGAAUCCGAUGAGGGUUGGUGCGAUAUGGAUAACGAUCCCAAUGCUGCUGUUUCUUGCGACGUUCGUGAAUGUCAGUUACCCAAUUGUUUUUGCUCCAAAGAUGGCAUACAAGUACCAGGCCGACUAAGUCCAAGUACAAUCCCACAAAUGAUAAUGUUAACGUUUGACGAUGCAGUGAAUUUUGAGAACUACGAUCUAUAUACUAAGCUUUUGUUUAAUCCAAAUAACCUUAAUCCAAAUGGCUGUCCAAUUAAGGGCACAUUUUUUGUUUCGCAUCAGUACACGAAUUAUCAAUUUGUGCAGAAACUGUGGAACGAGGGACAUGAAAUUGCUGCACAUUCGGUAACACAUCGUGGUCCGGAGAUGUGGUGGUCAAAAAAUGCCACUAUUGAGGACUGGUUCGAUGAAAUGGUUGGACAAGCUAACAUUCUAAAUCGUUUUGCUAAUGUGCGAAUGGAAGAUAUUCGAGGAAUGCGAGUACCAUUUCUCCGUAUUGGUUGGAAUAGACAAUUUUUAAUGAUGAAAGAGUUUGGUUUUGUUUAUGAUUCUUCGAUGGUGGCCCCAUUUAGCAAUCCCCCAUUAUGGCCGUAUACCUUGGACUAUAAGAUGCCUCACACUUGUACUGGCAUAAAUCAGAAUUGCCCCUCACGUAGUUAUCCUGGUAUUUGGGAGAUUGUCAUAAAUCAGUUAGAAGUAGGCGAUUUUACUUGUGGUAUGAUAGAUAGUUGUCCAUCUCAAUUAGGCGGCGACGAUGUAUAUCGCAUGUUGAACCACAAUUUCAAACGCCAUUAUUUGUCGAAUCGUGCACCAUUCGGAUUAUAUUUCCACGCGACUUGGUUUAGAAAUAAUGAUUACUUGCAGGCAUUUUUGCGUUUUAUGGGUGACCUGCAAAAAUUGCCUGAUGUAUAUUUCGUUACACAACAGCAAGUUAUACAAUGGAUGCGCAAACCAACAACUACUCAACACUUAAAUUCAUUUGAGCAAUGGGGCUGUAAACAACGUAAAUGGGAUCCUCGGGAAAAAGUUUGCAGUAUACCAAAUACUUGUAAAUUACGAAGCCGGGUGUUGCAACAAAAUAGAUUUCUAUAUACUUGCAACGAGUGUCCUACCCAAUAUCCGUGGAUACGCAAUGAAUUUGGUUUAGACUAGUAUAUUUCUUUGCUGUCAGCAUACACUUUAGUAUAUUUUUAUAUCAUACAAAUAUUACUUUAGGUAUGAAAUUAUUUUGAAUAUUUUCUUAAAAUAGUACCUAAUAUUAUUUGUUUUUAUUAAAUCAUAUAAUUAUUUUCUCUUCUUUAA